GGGGGUCCGGGGGCGGCGGGCGUCCGGGUUGCGCCCGCCCGGCACGCUGGGAGAGCGCCAGGUCGUGCGGGUCGGAGCGGGCCGGAGCCGCAGGGGGGGGUGGGGGGCGGUGGCGGCGGCGGCGGCAGCGGGGGCGGAGGGGGCGGCCCCGCGGCCCCGCGUCCGCGUCACGUGGUGCGAGGCGGGCAGCCAUCUUGCUACAAACACAAACAGAGAGGAGCGGCCGCCGCGGGAGCGCCAGCGCCCCCUCCCCCGCCGCCGCCGCCGCCGCCCCCCGGCCCGCCGCGCGUCGCCAACGCCCCGGGACCGGAGCCUCGCGCCGCCCGCCCGCCGCGUUUCCCUGCUUCUGACGCCGGAAGCCACUGCUUUUCCUCAGUUUGCUCCUUACAACCAGGACAGAAAGGUGACAGCCAAAGUGGAAAGCACCCGGUGGCCAGCUGCCCUUGCCACUCCCUGGACGGGUGGGAGGAGUCGUGGAGUCUUGGAGUUGAUGGGAACUGUGGAGGUGCUCCGGUCUAGCCUCCGCCCCAGCCAGUGAGGGAAGCCCUUGCGUGGCUCCCUGAGACCCUGCCCUCCCGCCCUCUGCUCGGAACCGCCAGGGAUGAGCCACCUCCUGAGAGCCUCCUCUGCUGUUCCUUAGAGGGCCAGGUCACUGCCGUCGCCACCACUGUUCCCAUCAGCCUCUGUAACUCUGACGUCGUUUUUGCUUUAUGGAUCUUUCCCAGAUGUGAAGGUCCUUUCCUGGGCACUGCUCUGGUCAGAUCAACACCCAGUUGCCUGGGGACCCUGGUUCACUCCAGCACAGGCCCUUGCCUGGAGAGAGCCUGGCCCCUGCCCUGUCUGCUCCCCUGGGCAAGGCUGCUUGCUAGGUGGGGACCCAGUCCUCAUCCUCUCAGGCUCUCCAGGCGUGCUGUCUCCAAGGCCCAGUGUCCCCCACGCCUCCACAGGUGUUUGGAGAGUGAACACCAGGUACCCCCUCCCCUGCUCAUCCCCUCCGACCUCUGGGACACACCCAGCACCACAAUGGCAGCAGAGACCCUCAACUUUGGGCCUGAGUGGUGAGUCAGAUGUGCUUUGGGUGGUGUGGAGAAGCCGGGAAGAACAGGGCUGCCCAGAUUCCUGUCUUUCUCCUUCUCGUGUCCUUUCUCCAGGCUGCGGGCCCUUUCAAGUGGUGGCAGUGUGGCCUCCCCACCCCCGUCCCCCGCCAUGCCCAAGUACAAGCUGGCCGACUAUCGCUAUGGGCGAGAGGAGAUGCUGGCCCUCUAUGUCAAGGAGAGCAAGGUGGGGGUGGGCGGGGGUGGGGUGUGGCCCAGUUUCCCGCUUGGCCUUGGCCAGUGGAGAGGGUCCAGGAACAUGUAGUGCCUCUUGCCCCAACUGACAGGUCCCCGAUGAGCUGCAAGAUAAGGAGUUUGCCGCGGUGCUGCAGGAGGAGCCGCUGCAGCCCCUGGCGCUGGAGCCUGUGACCGAGGAGGAGCAGUGAACAGUGUGGCUGUGCUGAGGCUGAUGGGGAAAGGGGCCGGUCCCCCCCUAGGUGGCGCCUCCCGUGGCAGGGGCAGCACUCGGAGCCGAGGCCGCGGCCGUGGUGACAGUUGCUUUUACCAAAGAAGCAUUGAAGAAGGCGAUGGGGCCUUUGGCCGAAACCCCCGGGAGAUCCAGCGUAGCCAAAGUUGGGAUGACAGAGGCGAGAGGCGGUUUGAGAAGUCGGCCAGGAGGGAUGGAGCACGAUCCGGGUUUGAUGAGGGAGGGGCUGGCCCAAGGAAGGAGCAUGCCCGCUCAGAUAGCGAGAACUGGCGUUCUCUCCGAGAGGAGCAAGAGGAAGAGGAAGAGGGCAGCUGGAGAGUUGGGGCAGGACCCCGGCGAGAUGGCGACCGCUGGCGCUCCGCCAGCCCUGAUGGCGGCCCCCGUUCUGCUGGCUGGCGGGAACAUGGGGACCGGCGUCGCAAGUUUGACUUUGAUGUGCGAGGGGAUCGAGGAGGGUGUGGUGAAGAGGAGGGGCGGGGUGGGGGAGGCAGCGCUCACCUCCGGAGGUGCCGAGGGCCUGACGGCUUUGACGACGACAAGGAUGGGCUCCCGGAGUGGUGCCUGGACGAUGAGGAUGAAGAAAUGGGCACCUUCGAUGCCUCCGGGGCCUUCUUGCCUCUCAAGAAGGGCCCCAAGGAGCCCAUUCCUGAGGAGCAGGAGCUCGACUUCCAGGGUCUGGAGGAAGAGGAGGAAGAGCCUUCUGAAGGGCUGGACGAGGAGGGGCCUGAGGCGGGUGGGAAGGAACAGACCCCACUGCCUCCUCAGGAGGAGAAGUCCAGCUCCCCGUCCCCACUGCCUACCUUGGGCCCACUCUGGGGAGCUAACGGGGAAGGCGAUGAUGCUGUGGAAAAGGACCUGCCGGCAGCUGAAGGAGACGAUAUGAGGGGAAUGCAGCUGAGUCCUGGGGUGGGCUCACCCCCUGGCCCACCUGGAGAUCUGGAAGAUGAUGAAGGCUUGAAACACCUGCAGCAGGAGGCAGAGAAGCUCGUGGCCUCCCUGCAGGACAGCUCCCUGGAGGAGGAGCAGUUCACAGCCGCCAUCCAGGCCCAGGGCCUGCGCCACUCUGCCGCUGCCACUGCCCUCCCCCUCAGCCACGGCGCAGCCCGGAAGUGGUUCUACAAGGACCCACAGGGGGAGAUCCAAGGCCCUUUCACGACACAGGAGAUGGCGGAGUGGUUCCAGGCGGGCUACUUCUCCAUGGCCCUGCUUGUGAAGCGGGGCUGUGACGAGGGCUUCCAGCCGUUGGGUGAGGUGAUCAAGAUGUGGGGUCGUGUGCCCUUUGCCCCUGGGCCCUCACCACCCCCACUGCUGGGAAACUUGGACCAGGAGCGGCUGAAGAAGCAGCAGGAGCUGGCGGCGGCCGCCUUGUACCAGCAGCUGCAGCACCAGCAGUUUCUUCAGCUGGUCAGCAGCCGCCAGCUCCCGCAGUGUGCGCUCCGGGAGAAGGCAGCUCUGGGGGACCUGCCGCCGCCGCCGCCGCAGCAGCAGCUCACUGCAUUCCUGCAGCAGCUCCAAGCUCUCAAACCCCCCAGGGGUGGGGACCAGAACUUGCUCCCGACGAUGACCCGCUCCUUGUCAGUGCCAGACUCGGGCCCCCUCUGGGACAUACAUACCUCAGCCUCAUCACAGUCAGGCGGUGAGGCCAGUCUUUGGGACAUACCAGUUAACUCUUCGACUCAGGGUCCAAUUCUAGAACAACUCCAGCUGCAGCAUAAAUUCCAGGAGCGCAGAGAAGUGGAGCUCAGGGCGAAGCGGGAGGAGGAGGAGCGCAAGCGCCGGGAGGAGAAGCGCCGCCAGCAGCAGCAGCAGCAGGAGGAGCAGAAGCGGCGGCAGGAGGAAGAGGAGCUUUUUCGGCGCAAGCAGGUGCGGCAGCAGGAGCUCCUGCUGAAGCUGCUCCAGCAGCAGCAGGCGGUGGCCGCCGUCCCCGUGCCCCCUGCGCCCAGUUCCCCGCCGCCGCUGUGGGCCGGCCUGGCCAAGCAGGGCCUGUCCAUGAAGACGCUGCUGGAGCUGCAGCUGGAGGGCGAGCGGCAGAUGCAUAAGCAGCCCCCACCUCGGGAGCCGUCGCGGGCUCAGGCCCCCAACCACCGCGUGCAGCUCGGGGGCCUGGGCACUGCCCCCCUGAACCAGUGGGUAUCUGAGGCCGGGCCGCUGUGGGGCGGGCCCGACAAGAGUGGGGGCAGCGGCGGCCUGGGACUGUGGGAGGACACCCUCAAGAGCAGCGGGAGCCUGGCCCGCAGCCUGGGCCUGAAGAACAGCCGCAGCAGCCCCUCUCUCAGCGACUCGUACAGCCACCUGUCAGGUCGGCCUGUGCGCAAAAAGACAGAGGAGGAAGAGAAGCUGCUGAAGCUGCUGCAGGGCAUCCCCCGGCCCCAGGAUGGCUUCACGCAGUGGUGCGAGCAGAUGCUGCACACGCUGAGCACGGCGGGCAGCCUGGAUGUGCCUAUGGCUGUAGCGAUCCUCAAGGAGGUGGAAUCCCCUUACGAUGUCCACGACUAUAUCCGUUCCUGCCUGGGGGACACGCUGGAAGCCAAAGAAUUUGCCAAACAAUUCCUGGAGCGGAGGGCCAAGCAGAAAGCCAGCCAGCAGCGGCAGCAGCAGCAGGAGGCUUGGCUGAGCAGCAGCUCCCUGCAGACAGCCUUUCAGACCAACCACAGCACCAAACUCGGCCCUGGGGAGGGCAGCAAGGCCAAGAGGCGGGCACUCAUGCUGCACUCGGACCCCAGCAUCUUGGGGUACUCCCUGCACGGACCUUCUGGUGAGAUCGAGAGCGUGGAUGACUACUGACCAGCCCGUCCCACCAGCGCCCUGGGCUGUAGGCCAGGAGCAGCAGCAGCGGCUUGGACCCCUGGGUCUCCAGCCUGCAGGCUCCCCACGAGGAGCAUAGGAGGAAGCAGGGGCAGGGUCCCCAGCACUUGUUACAAACCACACGAUGCACCUUAACUCACCCACCACGAGGCACUUUACAGAAUGGGGGGAAGGGUUUUUUUGUUUUGUUUUGUUUUUAAUUUUAAACAACAUUGAAGAAAACAUUAGGAGAGAAAAAAAAAUUUUGUUAAAACCUAGACUCUAAGUAAGCACUCCCUUUCCCUUUUGGGGAUAGUGGGAGUGACAAUGGAAGAUCCACAGAGGUUUUUGUUUUGUUUUUGUUUUUUUUUUUUUAAGAAAAAAGAAAAACAACAAAAAAAAAAUGGUUAGGAGACGGAAAGAAAAAACACACUGUUAUUUUGGGGCAGUGGGGACACAGGCCCCACGGACCUGUCCUGCCUGGCCCCCGAGGCUGCACUUACCCUCCCUGCCCCACAAGGUGGGCCACUGGGGUAACUGGAAGCUGGGCUGCCAGCAGUUUGCACAGCGAGGCCCCCUCAGCCCCGCCGGCCGGACCCGCUGUGAACGGCUCCCUUGUUGCUGUGACUGUGGCAGAGGUGUCUGGGGUGGGGGCCAAAGUAGCCCCUUGGCUUUGCUGCUUUGGGGGAAAGUUGCACAAAUGGGCCAGGCUGCCUCAGCGCCCCAGGAUGCCACCCUGCGCCGGCUGACGGGGUGGAUGGGAGAGGGCCAGCGGUGCCAACCUCAUCUGGCUGUCAGGCCGGCAGAACUUCCACUCUGGCCCUGGUGAGGGGCUUCCCCCUCCGCUGCCAUUCUGGGGGCCUGCCCGGGUGUGACGCUGAAAGCCCCAGCUCCCUGCCUUGCCACAUGAAUGUAUUUUCUGGGCCACGAGCCCCUGCUGUGCCCCCUGCCUCAAUCCUGAGCGAGGUGGGGGCGGAGCAGUUCCUCCGGAGCUGGAGAGAGAGGCACCACUUAAUGACUGUUUUUUCUCCUGUGAAGGGGGUAGAGGAGGGGCCGGGGAGGCCACGGGAGUGGGCCACUUGGGGCUCCAGGUUGCAGUGCGGGGCUGUUAGAAGGGAGCCCCCACCUGCAGCCAGCUGUGUGGGACAUGGACCACCCAGCUCUGCCCUGAACCCUCCAUUGACCAAAUGGGAGAGGAGCAAGUGGCCUCUCCCCUUCCUGCUCCCCUGAUGUUUUUAAAUGUUGGGUAGGGUGUCAAGAAUGGGAGUGUCUGUCUCUCCUGGGUCAGGGGUAGGCUGCCCUUCACCAACUUCUUAUUCCCAAUCACCUACCUGGGUUUGUCUCCAUUGUGGGGGUUUUUUUUGUUUGUUUUUUUUUUUUAAGUUUGUUGUAUCUUUUGCGUUUCUCAUCUAACUUCUCCCGUGGACCUCAUUGCUCAGAGCGCAGUAUUAGGGCAAGAUUCUGCCACUGCCUCCCCUCCAUGAAUGUAUUUACCCUUCCUGCCCUGGGGAAAUGGGGAGUGGCCCCAGUUUUCUUUCCCCGUCUAUCCCCAGAGAGACGACUUUUAUUUCCUUUUUCUUUUUUUUUUUCUUUUCUUUUCUUUUUUUUUUUUUUUUUUGCACCAAAGUGGCAACUGGGUCAGUGUUUGGGGGAUAAAGCUGGCCUCGGGGGUGGAGGGGCCUCCUCCACCUGCUUCUCCCUGGUUUCAACAGUGUUAGCGUCCGUGAAAAGACAAUAUUCUCUCUAAAGCAAUAAGGGGGUGAUGGGCCAGGGGGAAAUGUCUUGCUGCUGCUGGCCCCCCAGCUCCCCCUUUCCUCGAGCCAGUAUUUGGCGGCAUUAGAGGUGUGGGGGGAGCACUGUUGUGACUGAAUGUAACUGCCCCCACCCCUGCCACAGCCAAUGCAGGGGGAGGGGGGAUGACACUCUUCCCUGUCUCUUCCUUACCCUCCCCCCCCCCAAGCUAAAGAGACUUUGAAUUUAGGGGGCCCUUGAGCCUGGAGAGGCCUUAACCCUGUGAGGAAGUGUAGGGGGAGCCCUCUCCCACCCCCAUCCCCUUCUGAGAGUGGUCAAUGUUUACAAGCCCCUGAGCCCCCCAGCCCAGGGACUCAGCCUCCCUGCUGUCCUUUCCCAGCCCGUCUUCCUGGGCCCCGGCUGCUCUCCCGCCCUUCCUGGGGUUAGGGUGGGUGCAGGGGUCAUUGUGUAUCCUUGUCUGCCUUCUCCCCCACCCUGUGUGAUGCCCUUCUCUUCUACCUGCCUCUGUAAAUACUUCCCUCCCCCCCCCAAUAAAACUUGGUGUGUGUUCUCCCCUUCUGCCUCUUGAG